UUCUUUGUACUUUAGAUUUCACGAGUAUCAAGUAAAAACGUGAUUUAUCCUGUGUUCGUCGUUCCUCGAUCUUCAUUUCCACCAAGAAUUACUCCAAUUAAUAUGACCAACUUACUCGUAGAGACACUUCAGGUCAUUGGCCUUGUAUUUUUCCAGAUCUUUACCAGUAUUUUCAGGUUUUUUAUUCCAAAUCCCAAGAAAGAUGUAACUGGAGAAAUCGUCUUUAUAACUGGUGCAGGAAGCGGUCUUGGUCGCCUCAUGUCCCUUCGAUUUGCCAAGCUUGGAGCAAUCGUAGUAUGUACAGACAUCAAUAAACAGGCCAAUGAUGCUGUAGUAGAAGAGAUCAACUCUAUGGGAGGUAAGGCUCAUGGAUAUAAAAGCGAUUGUAGCAAUAAAGAUGAUAUCUAUCGCGUGGCUGAUCUGGUGAAACAAGAAGUUGGAGAUGUGAAGAUUCUUGUCAACAAUGCUGGUAUCGUUAGCGGCAAAAAGUUAUUGGAAACAGAAGAUCGGAUGAUUCAAAAGACCAUGGAAGUGAAUACUAUGGCUCACUUUUGGACUACCAAGGCAUUCUUACCUGACAUGCUAUCAAAGAACCAUGGUCAUGUGGUAACUAUAGCGUCAUCAGCUGGCUUGACUGGUGUAAGUGGUAUGUGUGACUAUUGUACCUCAAAGUUUGGUGCUGUAGGGUUUGAUGAGUCACUCAGGAUGGAGCUUUACCAGCUGAAAAAGACUGGGGUGCAUACAACUGUCGUCUGCCCAUACUUCAUUAACACUGGAAUGUUUGAUGGUGUGAAAACAAGGUUUCCUUUGAUUUUGCCCAUCCUUGAACCUAAUUUUGUCAUUGACAACAUCAUGGAUGCUGUUCUUCGCAACAAACCAAUGAUUUAUCUGCCUAAAAUUCUCUACACUUUCUUCAUCUUAAAAAGCAUUCUGCCUUGUUCUUGUUACUAUGUUUUGAGUGACUUCUUUGGAAUUGGUGCAGCCAUGGACAGCUUCAAGGGAAGAACCAAGAAAGACUGAAGAUAAAACAGCCUAUAAAAUAACCACAACACUGUUCAAGUUGAAAAUGGAAUUUUGAAAUGUGAUAAACAAAUAACAGAUGGAAAAUGCAUCUGAAAAUGUGUGAACAAGAAAAAAAUUGCAGAAAUGAGUGCAAAACAGACUAGAGCAAAAACUAUAAACUAAUGUGUCAAUCAUUAGCUUCGUCGAGUUCUUUCUUUCUGUUUCUUCUUCUUUUUUUUUUUUUUCUUUUUGGAAAAAAAAGAUAAGAUCAUAAAUCGAUGACAAACCAA